CGCCGCUGUACCCCAUCCCAUGCCUCACACAGCUGCUGGUUGACCGUACAAUCUAAAUGAUCUGUAGCGGAAUCGUCAGAUAAGAAACGUCAUCAAGCUUUCCGUCAAUCAUCAAAGCCUCAGUUACCCAUUCCGCUACCAGCUCGACGUAUGUUCAAGCUGCAACGUGCAAGCAGUACGUCCACAACAAUGAGCGCCCAAGAAUCCAAUAAAGCUGUCCAAGGCCACAUCUCUAGCGCUCAAGACCCCACCGAUCCCGACCCCGAAACUAAACUCAAAUCCACUGUCGAGGAAACACUCGCUGCGGCGGAGGACGUAACGGGGGGGGGAGUAAAGCAAGCGCGGAGGAUCCUGAUAUGGGGAAGGAUGUUGGGAUGAGUGUUACUGAACCGGAGGUUGUUGGGUAUGGUGGGUAAACGUGGGGUGGCAAUAGCACGUUGGCCAGGU